AUGUCACGCGUGUCGGCAGGCUUCGCAGACUUCUUUCCCACUGCUCCCUCAGUCCUCCAGAAGAAGCGCUCCUCCAAGGCUGCCCAGGACCGACCAAAGGGCAAGCUUAAGCACGAUGAUGGUUCCCGGUCUGCCCAUCCACCAUCGUCCUCCGCUAUUGCCGCCACUGCAGAACCAGCAGCAAUAGGAGCGGCGGAGGAUGGUGGGGCCUCAGGCAUCAAUACCACUAACCACGAUGACCCUCCAAUCCAAAGCAGUGACAAUAUUCUAGUCGAUGAAUCUGUCCCCGUGACUCAUGGGGAUGAAAAUGUUACUCCUGGAGAUACGAACGGGGUGGCCUCAGCCGGUUCGACUAGCACCGGUUCCUCUUUGUUCAGCUCAGCCUCUCUCCCUCAACCUGGGGCCGCGAUUUCAAACGGAAUAACUCACCCUCAUGCCCUCACCCCUCUAACCAACACAGAUUCGUCACCUCCGUGUAAACCUGGCAGCCCGUCAACUGGUCUGAAAUCAAUUGCUGUGGGCAGCGAAUCCGUCCUCCCAAGUCGCCUGGUUGAUGAUGUCAAAGCCACAAUCACUCCUCUCCAGACUCCCCCGACUCCCCAAAGUCAAGCCAGACCUGCUGGAAAUGCCCCCAAGGGUUGCAAACUGACCUAUGACCCCGAUUUGGAAAAGAAACCGGCCACCAGAGAGAAGCGGCGAAAACCGCAGUAUGAAGUCUUUGGCACCACAGAAGAUGAGCCACCACCUCCAGACCCGCGCCUUGCGAUUGCCAAUUACACUCGUGGUGCAGGGUGCAAGCAAAAAACCAAAUAUCGACCAGCUCCAUACAUUCUUCGUCCGUGGCCGUAUGAUCCCGCCACUUCUGUCGGUCCCGGUCCUCCAACUCAAAUUGUGGUGACCGGCUAUGACCCUUUGACUACUCUAGCACCGAUCAGCGCCCUCUUUUCCAGCUUUGGAGAUAUCGCAGAGAUCAAAAACAGGACGGAUCCUAACACAGGUCGGUUUCUGGGUGUCUGCUCGAUAAGAUACAAGGAUUCGAGAAUGUUUCGCGGUGGCGGCCCUCUACUCGCGGCGCAAGCUGCCCGAAGAGCGUAUCUCGAAUGUAAAAAGGAACAGCGUAUUGGAACGCGCCGGAUACAGGUCAGCCUCGAUCGUGAUGGCGUCGUUAGCGACAGGCUCGUUGCGAAGAUCAUCGGAUCUCAGAAACAGGAUACCACGCCGCUAAUAUUGGAAGAGAAACCCAAACCACCUGAAACCGAUAACCUUCCUCCGCCCACAGCACCCAAGGGUCCCUCUCGAAAACCUAACUUGCCUAUACCCGAAGGCCCACGAGCUGCACUGAAGCCCCCUGCCCCCUCCGUGAUCGAAGAGACCCCCAUCCUAGACCAGAUCAAACGUGAGCCUUACAUAUUUAUCGCACACUGCUACGUUCCUGUGCUUCGUACUACAAUUCCUCACCUGGAAAGGCGGUUAAAACUUUUCAAUUGGAAGUCUGUUCGAUGCGACAAAACCGGAUACUACAUAAUUUUUGAAAACUCCCGGAGGGGUGAGGAGGAGACGGAACGAUGCUACAAAAUGUGUCAUAUGACCGCUUUGUUUACAUAUGUGAUGAACAUGGAGAGCCAGCCGUAUGGUAAUCCUAAUUACGUCCGCAGUCCAAGUCCUGAGCGACUCAAGGCAGAGCAAAAGGAAAAGGCAGAGAAGGAUCGGCUGAAAAGAGAGGAUGAAUUGGAUAUUGAGGAGGAGAAAAAGCUACGCGCUGCUGAUCUCGAUCCAGCUCGAGAGGUGCUUCGUGUUCUUGUUUCAGAGCUGAGAGACAAACUGCUGGAAGAUGUCAAGUCCCGAAUAGCUGCUCCUGCGCUCUACGACUACCUCGAACCCGAUCGCCAUGCCGCUAGGAGACAGAAAUUAGGAAUUCCCGAACCCGAUAGUAAUAAGCGGCCCGCUUUUCGAAUUGGCACUUCCGAUGAGAUCAUUGCUGGAACCCCAAAUUCACGCGAGGUGCCUUUGGCUAAGAGCCGGGCGCCGUUUGGUCUUACGAGUAUUCUCUCCCUCCCUCGUAUCCGCAAGACACAAGGUUUGGAAAAUGCCAACGACGCUUUCAUGGAUGAACGGCGAAGGCGUCCCCCAAGACGAAGGGAGUUCAGACCUCUUUACCAUCGCCUGCAGCAGCUUCAUGAAGAUGAGGACUCGGAUGACGAACGGAGAACGACGUUUACUCGGGACACGGACGAGCAAGAGAGUCGAUCACUCAGCCGCAUGAGUAUGGCUUCGUCUGAUUCGGAGAAUGAGGAUGAGUUUGGUGCUACUGUGGAAGAUCGGGGGCUCUUUGGUGAUGAACCUAUGGGCACUGGUGAUAUGCUGGAAAUUGAUCUCAAGACUAUCAAGGAUGCAACUGUCGACGAACUCGAGCGUAGUAUGUUGGAUCUCUCACCUGUCUCGAAGAAAAGAAAGAGGAUUUCUGAAGAGCUUGAGGCUCGUAAGAGGCAAAAGGAAGAUGAUGAGCUGUUCGGCCUUAUCGAUUCGAAGCCUGGCGAGCAGACUAAGCCCGGAGUUGAUGAGCUGGAGGGAGUUGCAGUCAUCGAACCAGUCACUCAGGUCAAGGCCAAGAAGCCCAAAGCGAAGAAGAAGUCCAAGAAACAAAUCUUCGAGGAGCGGGAGGCAUUGAAAUUAAAACAACUGGAUAGUGCUGAAGAAGUUCCUCCCAAAGAUGAGAUACUAGUUGAAACUUCACCGGUGGAGGAAGAAAAAGCGAUUGAAGAUGUCAUUCCGAAAUUCGUUGAAGAGGCAAGGCCCGAAGUUGAGUGGGGUGUUUCUAGAGACGUUCCUAGACCAACUGUCGAGGACGAUGAAACUAUCAUCCUGGAUCUUGACGGGUGGCAGAAUCUUAUUAAAGACGACGAGGAUAUCCGCUUCCUCCGCGAAGCCUUGGAGGACCAACAACCGUCGAACCUCGGAAACGUAUCCUCCUGGGCCUGGAGACAAAAAGAAAUCAAAGCUAUCAAUCGUGGAGGUGAAACAGGACCCGUCUAUUCCGAAACCAAGAUCGAAGGUUAUUACGUCAACAACUCGACAGGAUCCGCUCGCACAGAAGGAAGAAAACGCAUCCUCGAAUCUGAAAAAUCGAAAUACCUCCCUCACCGCAUUAAAGUACAAAAGGCCCGUGAGGAACGUGAGGCACUGGCGAAAGUGGACCCGCAAGCCGCCGCCGCAGAAGCCGCCAGACUCGCCGCCGCAAAGACAAUAUCCAAAUCCACUUCCCGCUCGACCCGCGUGAAUAACCGCCGUCUUAUCGCCGACAUCAAUGCACAGAAACAAGCCCUGCCCAUGCAGAGCGGUGAGAGCGACGUGCUCCGCUUCAACCAGCUCAAGAAACGCAAGAAACCCGUGCGCUUUGCUCGUUCCGCUAUACACAACUGGGGUCUGUAUGCUGAAGAGAACAUCUCUGCCAACGACAUGAUAAUCGAGUAUGUUGGUGAGAAGGUACGACAGCAGGUUGCCGAUAUGCGUGAGCGGAGAUACCUCAAGAGCGGUAUCGGAAGCAGCUAUCUGUUCCGCAUUGAUGAGAAUACGGUCAUUGAUGCGACGAAGCGGGGUGGGAUUGCGAGGUUUAUUAAUCAUAGCUGUACGCCUAAUUGUACGGCGAAGAUUAUUAAGGUGGAUGGCAGUAAGAGGAUUGUUAUUUAUGCAUUGAGGGAUAUUGAGCGAGAUGAAGAACUGACAUACGAUUAUAAAUUCGAACGAGAAUGGGAUAGUGAUGAUAGAAUCCCCUGUCUCUGUGGUUCAACAGGAUGUAAAGGCUUCCUUAAUUAA